AUGGGCAUCGUUAGCAGCAAGCCCGAUGAUGGGUCCACGCUCUAUCUUAGAGACCAGAAUCGACGUGCGGUCUCCCACCCAUCCCCUCGUCCCGGUCGCCUGUUCAUGCAUGCAGUCUCGUGGAUUUCGCUCCAGCUAACCGUUCAACACACAGUAUCCAUAUCCUCCCUCGUCAUCUCGAACCCACGAAGGCGUUCGUCAAUAAACAUCGUUCCCAACUCUUUUCCUGCCACUAGAGUAUCGGCUUCGCGCCCACUAGGCGACGGCAGCCCCAUAGAAUUUGUCCAGGACACUGAAGUCGCUUCGAGCCCCGGUGGCAUCCCGAGUUUCAUACUAAAGCUCACCCACGACGACGAGCUAGUCUUUACCUUCACCUUUGUCAUUCGCCAAGGACAGCAAUUCGUCACCAAUGGCACCACUGACACCGUCGCCACGGUCGAUACCCAAAUCAGUGGUUUGACCUACGUCUACGCCUCGACACAGCGCGAGGUAGAGAAUCUCGUCACACGCGAGUUCCAUGCGGACCCAAACCUACACAAGAACUCCAACGUCGAGUUAGUAGGCGACUUUGGGACGGGAGGCACUCCCUCCGUAUCCUUCGAAUGGACUUGGAAAUGGAAGCCGCCAAAGAACAUGGAGGAUAGGGGCGGUGGAUGGCGGAACUCUUGCAGCUUCGUCGAGUACGACCCCCGCAAUCACUGUUUGCAUACCUUGGCCAGUUUCUCCUACUGGGUCUCGAACCCGGCUUUGCCUCUUAGCCACCCCAACUCGCCGUCUCCCCCCUUCCUCUUGACCGCACCCCCCAAAAUCCGAGUGCCCUCUUCUCAAUCCGUCGAUUCUCGAAUCAGCAAUGCUGAGUUAGACGAGCCCUUGUCGCCCUUACCAGGCAACUUCUCCUCUAGCACCAUACUUCCUGUGCCACAAACACCGCAAGAACCGAUCAAAGUGGAUGUCGCGUGCCCCAAACCAACAGAUGAUGUCCUUGUGCCAGACGAUGGCCCGGUCUUCCGAGCAACGAUCAAGGCAUUGGAACAAAAAACGGGCAACAUGCGAACACAGAUGAAGCGCGUGCUCAAGAUGGCUAAGCAAGCUCACGAAGCUCAGGUGGAAGCCAACAAAAACUUCUCCGAAUUCAUCGAUACCCUUCGCGAAGCCUCGUCAACAAACGCCAAUGCCGUACAGCCAGCUAUCGAACACUACUUUGACAAGAUUGCCCGGGAGAUCCUCUCAUAUGAGCGAACAAACACAGUCAAUCUCAAGCGCAUUGUGAUCGACCCGCUGGACAAGUUCUACACGGUAGAUAUCAAACAGGCCGAAUCGAAGAAACGAGACUUCGAGGAGGAGAGCAAGGAUUAUUAUGCCUACGUUUCGAGGUAUCUCGGCCAGCGUCACGACUCAGUCAAGGCUAAGAAGCUGGCCGAAAGCGACUCAAAGUACCAGACGAAGCGCCGCAACUUUGAGCUCAAGCGAUUUGACUACUCAAGCUUCAUGCAAGAUUUGCAUGGUGGUAGGAAGGAGCAGGAGGUGCUAUCACACCUUACGAGGUACGCCGAUGCUCAGACGAAGAGUUUCCUAGAGGCGGCAAAGAAGAUCGACACUCUACUACCCCAGCUUGAGGCGCUCUCGAGCGAGGUGCAAGAGGCCGACAAGGAGUAUCAAUACCAGCGGCGUGAACGAGAAGAGAAGAGGAGACUACUCGAGAAGAGCAACCAGACGUACAACGAGCCGGAUCCUGCGCCUGCACCAGGUACCAGCGCCGGUCAAGUCACGAGUUCAAACGGCAACGCAACCGUCUCCGACAGCGAUUUAGGUCGCGCCGACAGCACAGGAUCGCAACUGAAGAUUGGGCUGUCGUCGGGCUCAAAUCCUUCGGUGGCCAUGGCAUCUCCUGAGCUGUCCAGGUCGCCAGGCAGUCUUGGUAACUCUUCGGUUGGGAGUCCUGCCCAAGCGUCAAAAUUCAAGGGCAUCCGUGACUUGGAGGAAAAAGACUACGGACAGCUUUCCAGUGCCAGCAGCAGCGCCCAGCGUAAAGAGGGCUUGUUGUGGUCUCUGAGCAAGGCCGGCAGCAACCACGUCGACCCACGCAACCUGAACAAACAGGGUUGGCACAAAUUCUGGAUAGUCCUCGACCAAGGCAAGCUCUCGGAGUAUAGUAACUGGAAACAGAGGUUGGAUCUACACAACGACCCAAUCGACCUGAGAAUGGCUUCCGUGAGAGAGGCUCGCAAUGCAGAACGGCGGUUCUGCUUCGAAGUCAUUACGCCCCAGUUUAAGCGCGUCUACCAAGCUACAUCUGAAGAGGACAUGAACAGUUGGAUCACGGCCAUCAACAAUGCACUACAGAGUGCAGUUGAGGGUCGCAUCAUGAGAGACAAAUCUACUCCAAGCGACUCAGGCCACAUCAAGAGAGACAUCGGCUCGAUUCUCACCGGCAAGAGCCCUUCCGUCGGACACAACAGCCAUCAUCACACGAAUUCAAACAGCGCACCCGUCCGCCGAAUCACUGUCGGUGCUCGGCCCAGCACGCAUAGGUCUACCAGUUCGACUUACGACGAAAACCCCGACAAGUUGCUGCAACUACUUCGGGAUAACGACCAAGGCAAUUGCUGGUGCGCUGACUGCGGAUCGGGCACAAAGGUCGAGUGGGUUUCGAUCAACCUGGCCAUCAUUCUUUGCAUCGAAUGUAGCGGCAUUCAUCGCUCUCUUGGCACGCAUAUCAGCAAAGUGCGCUCUCUGACCUUGGACAUCAACUCGUUCACCUCUGAUAUUGUCGAGCUUUUGCUUCUUGUUGGGAACAGGGUGUCUAACAUGAUAUGGGAAUCGAGGCUGGAACCCGGAUUGAAGCCGACUCCUCAGGCAACGCGAGAGCAGCGGCUGAGAUUUAUCACAGCCAAGUAUGUCGACAGGGCCUACGUUGAGCCGAUCUCGGCGACGCUCUCACGUUACCCUACUCCUGAAGAUACCCUGCUGGCGGCCAUCAAGAAGAACGAGAUCCAGCAGGUGAUUUACGCACUAGCUUUGCGAGCCAGCCCCAACGUUACAGAUAGAUCUCGCGGAACGCACGCAGUCUUUUUGGCUCUUGCGGCUGCCGAUCCUGCAUCGCCUUCUCCCACUCCAGGGCAACCCCCUGAGACGGACAGAGCCGUGCCGUUCCCGGUGGCAGAGAUGCUCCUUCAGAACGGGGCAGAAAUACCGUCUACGAUGCCGGCUUUCCCACUCAGUCGGAGCGCACAGCUGUACAUUGAAGAGAAACGAGGACGGAAUACAGGGUUCUCGAACGAUGGUGUCGGAUCAUUACCCGGCAACCUUAGUCCAAACGAAAAGCUCCAGCGGGAGCGGGAUGCGCGGCUACAAAAGAGAGUGAGCGCAGGAGGACGUCUGGCUAAGAGCCCGAUUCCGGAAAGGUAG